GGCACGACUCUCGAUUCCGCCCCGCUCCAGAUUGCUGUGCUCGCCCACUCACUCACCCAUGGCGCUCGCCGCCUCCCACCACCGCCUCCUGCCCGUCGCCCCCACCCCCGCUGCCACCCGUACCCCGUCGCGGGGGCACCUGCGCUUCCGCGCCGCGCGACCUCUGCCCCGCUCCCGGAGAAUUUGUUGUCAAUCUAUCAACUCAACUAAUGUUUUGGGAGCUUCUUCGAAGACAUCUGAUGAGGCAAUCCCAGUCCCAGUUGUCCAGAUAGAUCAAGACUCAGACCGUGAUGCAACCAUUGUGCAGCUAAGUUUUGGAGAUCGUUUGGGGGCAUUACUUGACACGAUGAAAGCUCUCAAGGACCUUGGCCUUGAUGUCUCAAAAGGAAGUGUGGCAACUGACUCAGCUGUCACACAAACAAAGUUCCACAUCAUGCGAUUCGGGCGCAAGGUUGAGGAUCCUGACAUGUUAGAAAGGAUACGGCUAACCAUCAUCAACAACCUGCUCCAGUAUCAUCCUGAAUCAAGUGAGAAGUUGGCAAUGGGUGAAUUUUUUGGGAUAAAACCUCCUGUGAAGAAGGUUGAUAUCGAUAUUGCAACACAUAUAGUUGUUGAAGACGACGGGCCAAAAAGAAGCAUGCUUUACAUAGAGACAGCCGAUCGGCCUGGCCUACUUCUUGAGAUAAUCAAGAUCAUCGCGGACACAAAUAUUGAUGUGGAGUCAGCUGAGAUUGAUACUGAAGGUUUGGUUGCGAAGGACAAGUUCCAUGUGAGUUACAGAGGUGCAAAACUAAACAGCUCCUCAUCUCAGGUGUUGAUCAAUUGUCUGCGUUAUUACCUCCGAAGGCCUGAGACAGAUGAAGACAGCUAUUGACUGUUGUGUUGUUGAACCUUGCUAGUACUACAUUAAAACCAGAAACUUCAAAGUUUGGCUUGAGUUCCUUCUCUAUGAGCCCCCCUGUACUGCUGCAAAUGGAGUUUCCAUUGUAGCUGAUAAAGUGCAGGCAAGGCACAUGCUAAUGUGCAUAGGUGGCAUUGAAAUUGGGCUCACAGUCACUGAACCAGUUUGAUAUUUUGUAGUCAUAUACAGCUGGGAGCAACAGAAGUUAGGUGUCGAUCAUCAUUAUCCCAUUUGGUUCCUGUUACAAGGGAUCACAUUGGAAGGUCAUCACAUGAUUGACAUUGUCUGUAAGUUGGUACAAUCCGUUUGCAUGUAAAACUCAGCUGUGGAGUGUGGUGUUCUCUUUGGAUGAAAUAAAAAGAAAGAGCAUUACGAAAUCA